AUGACGGACCGAGUCCACGGCUCGCAAGUGACGCCAGUCAAGACCCCCUCUGCCUCGUCCAAAUUCGACGACGCCGAAGAUGCCAUCUCCCCAUACCACGUCACCUCCACUGCAUACCAUGGCGAAAACGCCAAAGCGGCACAGCUCGCCGCCUCGGCCUCGGCAUCCGACUUCACACCCCAGGAGCUCAAGCGAGUGCUGCGCAAGAUCGACUGCAUCCUCAUGCCCAUCAUGUGCGUGGCCGUGCUCAUGCAGUUCCUGGACAAGACGUCGCUCAACUACGCCUCGCUGCUCGGCCUCAAGAAGGACACCCACUUGAAGGGCCAGGAGUACUCGUGGCUCGGCUCCUUCUUCUACGUCGGCUACCUCGUCGCUACGCCCAUCCACGGCUUCUUCCUGCAAAAGACUAGGCUGUCGCGCUACGUUGCUGCCUGCAUUGUGCUCUGGGCUGUCUCGCUCGGUGCGCACGCCGCCUGCAAGAACUACGGCCAGCUGGUUGCCGUUCGUUUCCUGCUCGGUUGGUUCGAGGCCGCCUUGACCCCGGCUUUCAUCCUGCUCACAGGCCGAUUCUACACGAAACAGGAACAGGUGACGCGCACCUCGAUCUGGUUCGCCAACAACGGCUGGGCGCAGAUUCUGGGAGGAGGCAUCUCGUACGCCUUGCAGGUCCAGAAACCCUCGCACCUCAAGGUGUGGCAGCAGAUGUACCUCAUCCUCGGCGGUAUCGCGCUACUGUUCGGCGUCGUGGUGCUGUGCUUCAUGCCCGAUUCGCCUGCCACCAUCCGCUACCUCGACGAACGCGAGCGUCAGGUCGCUGUCUUCCGCAUCAAGCAAAACAAGUCCGGUAUCCACGACACCACCUGGAAGUGGGAACAGCUCUGGGAGGCCGUUCGGGACCCUAGGCUGUACAUGUUCUUCCUGGCCGUCUGCAGCGCCAACAUCGCCAACGGUGGUGUCUCGAACUUCUCCAGUGCGAUCAUCUCGGCAUUCCACUACGACAACAAGACUACCGCGCUCCUGGGCAUGGCUCCCGGUGCCAUGGAGGUCGUGGCCGUCUACUUUGGCGCUUGGUUGUCGUACAAGACGCACACGAGGGUCAUCCCAGGCGUCCUCAUGUACCUGCUCGCUAUUGUCGGCGGCGUCAUGAUGAUCGCCAUCCCUCCUCACGCCAAGGCCGCCCGCUACACUGGGUUUGUCAUCGUUUACGCCUACCCGGUAGCUUCCCCGUACCUGUACUCUUGGCUCAGUGGUAGUGUCUCGGGCACGACCAAGAGGAUCGUCUUCAACACGGUGCUCCAGGUCGGCUACUCGACCGGCAACCUCAUCGGCCCUCAGACGUACCGGGCCAAGGAUGCGCCCAACUACGUCCCCGCCAAGAUCACCCUGAUCGCCAUGUUCGGCUUUGCCUCCGUCUGCCUCAUGGCCAUCGGCGGUACGCACUACCUGUGGAACAAGAAGAACGGCACCUUGAGCAGCAUCGACGAAGAUGGCAAGCCCAUCGAAGACCAAGAAGACCUGACGGAUUUGACCGACAAGCAGCGUGCGACCUUUAGAUACCCUUACUAG